AUGCUUGUUUGUGCAGACGCUGGCGCAGACCGCUACAUGAAAUACGAAAGGGACGGUACAGCUGCAGAACGCCUUCCAGAUGCAAUAAUCGGGGACCUCGAUUCGCUCAGUAAAGAGGCGCGACAAUACUACACCACAAAAGAGGUUCACAUAGUCGAAGACCCAGAUCAGUACUCGACCGACUUUACAAAAGCUCUCAAGUGGAUGCGACAGGAAUGGGAUAGACAGAAAGGAACAAAUGAGGAGCUCGACAUUGUUGUCAUGGGUGGACUUGGAGGCAGAGUCGACCAAGGUUUCUCUCAAAUCCACCAUCUCUAUAUGGUCCUUGAACAGCCUGACCUCCUUCGUGGCUCCAUCUACUUACUGUCCGAGCAAUCUCUGUCCUUCGUGCUCGACCACAAUGAGAAUGAGCUGCAUGUCAACAUCGACGUCUUUGCAGAGAAUAUUGGCAUACUACCUGUGCUUGGUCCUACUCGCGUCUCCACUUCCGGCCUCGAGUGGGAUGUAAGCACCAGCAACCAUAUCAAAUCAGACCGAGUCACCAUCACUGUAGACGGCCCUCGACCUCUGUUCACGCUGGAGCUGGCCAAGCGCUUAUGUGUUGACGAUCGCUGA